UUAUUAUUAUUACCGCGUGUGAGUAUACGUUUACAAUUUGCAGAGCAAGCCCACCCACAAAAGUGUGACAAAACAUUGCCGAAAUAGCAACAAUAGUUUCAGUUUUAGAAAACAUUUUAUUGAUAGCCUGAUAUAUUGCGCGCACACCUGCGCAUACUGUUACGAAACGACUUGCUUAUAAAAUGCCUUACUGAUUAUUCAAUUAGUGAUAGUAUACAUAAUAACCAGCAUCGCCGAAAAUAACUGAAGUUGAUAGCACCAGAAUGAAAUUCCAUAAAAUCUGCGGUUCAUAGUGAAACGAUUGUGAGUACCGAGACAAAAGUAAACCGAGUUUUAAAUUUGGCAGAUGCAUUGCGUGUGUACAGUUUUGUGUUCUUCCACACCACGUUCUACGAUCAUGCGUGGUGUAAUACUAUCAAAGCCAUGUCGAAAUGCCGAGGCGAAGGGAUCGAAACGUUGCAUGGCCGUGGGCCAAGUCUACAGCCAAGUCCACUGUGUGCCGUACGAUUUGUCGGUUCAAUGCCAAUGCAGUGAGUGAACAUAGUGCAUACGUAUUUGCUUUACAAUAUGUGUUUGUUGUUUAGUCUGUGUUAAUGAUGGCGAUUAGAUAAUGAUAUGGUGAUGUGGGCAAAAAAUAAACAAUACAGAAAACAACUGUGAAUCAAAUAAAGAUAGAAAAUUAUUCAGAUCCAAGAAUACUCACUAUUUACAUAACGUAAUGUUCCUAAGCAAGGUUUUUAAAAUAUGUUCAGAAUUACAAUCAUGUCGUUCCCAUAUAUCUAACUAUAAUGGGAUAAAUUUAAGAAAUACUCAAAGACGUCACUCAACACAACGACUGGAGGAGGCAUACAAAAAAAUAAAAGCAAAGUGCCAGUCGAAAAAACUGCCAAAAGAUGUAAAUCCAAAAGCCGUUUUUGCCUGUAACGAACUUGAUUUAAAAGAGGUAAAUGUGUAUGGUUUUGACUAUGAUUACACUUUAGCGUGUUAUAAGCCGUCUAUGGAUUAUGUACUGUACAAUUUAGGCAGACAAAUACUAAUUGAAAGGUUUAAAUAUCCUCUUGAAAUAUCACAGUUGGAGUACAAACCAGGAUUUGCUGUCAGAGGAUUGCACUAUGACAUAGGAAAGGGCGUUCUACUAAAACUGGAUUCUUUUUUGCAAAUCCAGUUCGGUUCUGUUUACAAGGGUCUGAAACCACUUUCUGUUGACGAAGUUCUUAAGCUUUAUAAAAACCGGAUAAUACCAAUUGCACAUGUUGAAGGACAUUCAAAAAAUGCCUCGGACUUCAACCAAGCAAAAAUGGUACAGCUAGCAGAUCUUUUUUCUGUCCCUGAAAUGGGUUUGUUAUGUAACGUAGCUGAUUAUUUCGAACGCAACCACAUAGAUUAUCAUCCCGAAAUCUUGUUUAGAGACGUUAAGAGUUCCGUAAAAAGUUCUCAUCCAUUAAUGCACAAGAUAGUUUCGGAGAAUGUUUCCGAAUACAUUGAAUCUAACGAAAAGCUUCGCCCAUUCUUUGACAGACUUAAGAAUUCCAACAAAAAAUUAUUUUUAGUCACGAAUAGUCCCUACAAAUUUGUCAACAAGGGUAUGGAGAUGUUGGUUGGAAAAGACUGGAAAGAAUAUUUUGAUGUUCUUAUCGUUCAGGCCAGGAAGCCCAGAUUUUUCACGGAUGUUUCAAGACCGAUACGAGUUUACGAUGAACAAAGUGGUAGUCAUAUUUGGGAUCGAGUAACUAAACUAGAGAAAGGAGUUAUUUACUAUGAAGGAACCGUUAAACAAUUGCAAGAUUUAACAGGAUGGCGUGGACAUCAAGUGUUGUAUUUUGGAGAUCACCCAUAUAGCGAUUUAGCAGACGUCACUUUGGAACAUGGGUGGAGAACUGGCGCCAUUAUAAAUGAGCUAACACAUGAGAUUGCGACCUUGAAUAAUGUGGAAUUUAAAAAGAACGCAAAUUGGUUACAAAUGUUAACUCAAUUAAUAGAAGACCAUCAGGACUGUGAAGAUCCAGACGAGCAAAAAGUUCUGCAAAAAUGGAUGGCAGAGAGAGAUAAAUUAAGAAACGAUAUAAAGGUAGUAUUUAAUCCACAGUUUGGCAGUGUAUUUCGAACAUAUCACAAUCCAACUUAUUUCUCAAGAAGACUCUUUAGAUUUGCUGACAUUUAUACAUCAAAUAUCACAAAUUUAUUGAAUUAUUCCGUAAAGCAUACUUUUUAUCCUAGACGAGGUGUGAUGCCUCAUGAAUACAUUUCUUAUUUUGUAUAAGUUUCCCCUAAAAAUCGGAAUAACUUUUUUCAUGCUAAUUAUUCUCGAACGCUUAAUAUCCAAACAUGCUUUUCAUAAGUAAAACAUCCAAUCAGUCUUUAAAUACUCAUAAAUUUUAAAUAUAACUCAGAACUGUCUUAAAACUGAUUCACAAUAUUGGUCAGACACAAUUUUAUAAGAUUUUUUUAUAAAUAUCAACUAAACAUUAAAUCUCAAAUAAUCUCGUCACUUAUUGAUAUAAAAUAGUUAUUAAUUACCGACUGUAUUUUAAACACAAAUCAGAAUAAGCGUUUCAAGUCAAAACUUUCUGACAUCAAUUGAUCAAUUAAUUCUUAUCAGAAAACUGAUUUGUGAAGUCGAUUUUUAAUUUAAGAUCUGUCAUGCCUUUGAAAAAUAACUAAUAAAGAAGUAGAGUAAUCUCUGGAAAAUAAUGUAGUUGACACUUUGUUAUAUGUAGGUUCAGACUGAUUAUGAUUAAGGUAUUAGAUAUACUCCUGUUUUGUUAUAAAAUAACAUGACAAAGUCCUCCGUUUACAAAAUUUAAAAAUAUUGUUUUAAACAGGUGUAUAAUAGCAAUCUCAAAAGCUGUUUUGCAAAUGUAAGUAUUUCUGCUCAAAUCACCCGUUGAUGUGGAAUCGUAAAUUAUAUCCAAAAUUAUAAGGACCAAGUUAAGUUUUAACUGUAAGGUGGUUUACUACAUACUUAUGUUAUAAACAUUAUUUUCUUGAUACAUUACUUUAUUCUCAUUAUUUAUAUACCCAAAAGUAUUCAAAAAACUAAAUAUUCGAAACUCUAGAAAAUCAUAUGGACUACAUGUCCACAAUGUAAUACUUAGUGCGCGGAAUUAAAUCUUACUGCUGCAAUCUCCCAGUUGAAGUAAGGUGUGUUUUACGGCGAGUAGUGGAGUUGACAUGGUCCACAAGGACGUGCCGAGUGCGUCUCACUAGGAGUGUUUGCGGCUGAUAAAAAAAUAUUUCUAUAUUACUUCAAAUAUAUAUAAAUAGCAGCCAGUGGCAGCUCGUGAAGUUUUCUUCAGAGGAGGUUCAAAUUUGAAAAGCACUAUUUUUUAUAUUUCUUAUUAUCUGAAUCUUUUUUUUUCGUUAUGCCCACGAAAAAAACACUUUUGCGUUGAUAAAUUGCAUCGAUUAGUCUUUUCAAAAUUGCCCUAUUUUGCCAACUUUCUCGUUAUAGUUCUCAAUAUCCCUCUUAUGAGCCGAAUCUAAAGUAUUGGCAAUGUUUUGCUUAGCAAACACUUCUAAUUUAAUCGAAGAAAAUAUGUGUUCCUGUUUUUUUUUUUCAUGCCUUUCUAUGGCUCCUGACAAAUUUUGUAAAUUAUUACAGCCUGUUACCCCAAACGGAAGAUUUAUCACUUAUAAAUAAUACACAAUUCCAACAGUAUAAGUUGUUUCUUAAAACCGAAGCCGUUAACUAUUUAGUUUUAUCAUAAUUAUUUUCAUGAAAUGCUCUGUUUUGUUUCUAAUUCUAUCUGUCAUUCAUUACCAUUAAUGGAAGUGAUGGUGUUGGUCUUCCUUUUUGUUUUAUAGCUAUCUUUUUAUCAUAAUCAAAGCUACCAACUAAAUUCAUUUUUUAAUAGAUAGACUACGAUAUCUGCACAACAGACUGAAUAAUUUUCGUUGCUCAUUCUCGGUAAGUAUAAGUAAUAUUAAUAUACCGGUAACACAAAUAAACGAUACAAAAAACACCUUAUAGUUCCUACACUACAUCAGUACCUAGUAAAAUUUUAACAACCGCUACUUUGAGGAAUUGUUGCACAAUGUAGGGGAAAAUGACGCCAAUAAAAGGUGCGUGCCGCCAGUUUGUAGUGGGCUAGAAACAUCCAGGGUUGCAUUGAAUUUGUAACUUAUGGUUUUGUGGGUCCAACCUUCAUGGUUAACUUUGAAAUACCAAUAAAAUUUUAUUAGAUACAGUUCAAAUGAUGGGACUGUACCUACGUAAAGCUUAAACACCACCACCACUGAACAGGGAGCACGCGAAACUACCUCAAUGUUUUUCCUAUUUACACCCGCGAUUGCGCCAACUAAUAAGAAAGAGAUAAAAUUAUCCGUACGACUUGAUUUGAAAAGAGAUGAACUAGCCGGAGGCUAGCGGCUUGGAGCGGCAGUCGGAUCAACGUUUUAGCCAAUGCAGUACAGAAUGACGAUGCGUCAAGGUUACGGUCUUAUUAUUAAAAUGCAUCGUCGUCGGAGGCUAGCGGCUAGCUAGCCUCUGCCGCUUAAGCCAGACGCGGAGUGGUGUGAAUUAUGAUUGUAAGGGGGCAAAUAUAAAUCUUUUCUACAUUUCAACCUGAUAUAUGAUGAAAGUAAAUGAAAUCAAACAAAAUAUUCUGAAAAAAACAAAUGUCUACAAAAAUACAAAUUCUUUCAUCGAAAAAAAUUAGAGGAAGCUCAGCUACAAAAAAUAGAGGAGGCUCAGCCUCCCCUGCCUUUGAAGAGCCGCUACUGCUCGGUGCCCUUUUUAAUUUUUCAGAUUUGUGAUUUUGAAAUGUUAUAUUAUGUUGAUAUAGUCCAAAAGGAAAAAGCAUUUGUAAUCAAAGUAUCGACGCGGCAGCACUGGAUCGAGCGCGUGAGAUUUUAUUCCGCGCCUUGGUAAUAAUAUAUAUAUAUAUAUCGUUCAUUACCCUACAACAGCGCCGAAAAUACGAAAUUACAAAAACUGUCUCUGUUAGCCUUAUCUAGACAAUACUAAUCUGUACUCAGGUCAGGUCAAUUUUUAUAAUUUUGUAUUUUUGGUGUUGGAUAAUAAACGUUAUAGUGUAUCGCGCACUAAGUAAUCUAAGAAGAUUCCACAUGUGAUACAUUCAAAAGUAAAAUAAAACUAAUAAUAACUAAUAUUACUUUCGCCUGAUUACUUUAAUAAGUUUUCUUUAAAUACGCCCUUUUGUGUAUAAUCGCUUUAAGUUGCUAGUUUUACUAGACUGCGGAAUCUACCUUCCCCUUCCAGAAUUGAACCGUUAUUCUGUGACGGCCAUAUAAAUGCCUUAUUUACAAACAAUACAAAAUGGACUCAAAAACUUGAACAAACUUAUUAGUCAGUAUAUAUUGUCAGUAAGAUAAUAGCAAUUAUAGUAUUUUGUUAGAAUUUUUAGUAGAAGUGUGCCAUUUUACAUGUGUGUUUCUAGGUAGUUGAAUGAAGGAAUAGUAUUAAAAAAGUAAAAUGUAUUAAAUUUUAUUUCAAUAAAUAGUGUUUAGUAUA